GUCUGGUGUGAGACAAACCUUCGUCGCUGUAUCAGCAAGUUCCACCGGUUCGUCUGCGAUUGCUGCGACAAGGCGUUUCCGCUCCGCUCGGCCCUGGACCUCCAUAAAACCAUCUCACACCCCGAUAGACCCUCUGACACACGGGACAUGGAGAUUGAGGAGAUUGAAGAGGAGGAGGAGGAGGAAGAAGAGGAGGAGGAGGAGGAGGAGGAGGAAGAGGAAGAUGAAGAUGAAGAUGGAGCUGCAGAAAACAGCGUCGACAGUCCAGAUGUUGAGAAAAAACUCUCGGAGCAGCACAGCUUCCUGGAGGCGUUGGGUCUCCGGCACUUUUCUAAGGUGAAGUCUGGACCCACGGACGACGAGAUCCAUCAAGCCCACCUGGACAGCAUCAAGGUGAUCCACGUGGAGCCGCCGUCCUCCAGCCUCCCCCAGGAGCCGGCCUCGGCCUACCUGUCCGGUGGUCUGGGUCUGACUCUAGGAAUGGGCGGUCUGGCAGCCCUCAGCAUCCCGCUGCUGGAGGCCUCUGGCUCCGCCUCCGCCCUGCAGGGCCUCUCCCAGAGGGAGGCCAUGAGCCUGCUCUCCCUGCAGCCCUUCCAGAGUGGCUUCCUCCUGCAGCCCGACGGUGGCGGCGCCGCGACCGCCGGCGCAGCCUCGUCGGGGUUCAAACCCGGUGAGGCCAGAGGAGCCGGGCUCAUGGAGCUGGCCGACAUCCAGCAGAUCCUCAGAGUGGCGAGCGCGGCGCCCAAUCAGAUGGGACUGACGCUCCCGCCGCUGGCCAAAGCUCCGGGAUUCGCCGGAGGUCAAGGUCAAGUCCAGAAGGCGAUGCCCCCGUUGAAGCCCAAACCUCCCAUCACCCCUCGCUCCAGCCUCACAGCGACCACUCCCCCCCCCCCCCCCGGCCCCGGCCAGGCCUCGCUGGGCUGCAUCAGCCCCAGCCUGCCGCCUCCCACCCCGACUCUCUUCAAAACGCCCUCCUCAUCGUCCUCAUCCUCUUCCUCAGCCGGGAACGGAGGGCAGCUGGACGCAGAGUGCAUGGGCGACGCCCACACGCCUGUGUCCGAUUCGCCGCCGGCCGCCACCACGGCAGGGCACGAGGAGGCGGGGCUUAGCGGGAGAAAGCCGGGAGCCAAAGGCGGGAGCAACGCCGGCUCGGCUAAAGGCUCGUUCCCGUGCCGGUUCUGCGACCAGGUGUUCUCGUUCUCCGGCGUACUGCAGGCCCACAUGCGCUUCCACCUCGGCAUCCUCCCGCACCAGUGCAACAUCUGCGACUACGUGGCGCCGGACAAAGCCACGCUGAUCCGACACCUGCGGACGCACAGCGGCGAGCGGCCGUACGUCUGCCGCGUCUGCCACUACCCGUUCACCGUCAAGGCCAACUGCGAGCGCCACCUCAGGAAGAAGCACGCCAAGACCUCGAGGAAGGAGAUCGAGAGAAACAUCAAGUACGUCACCUCCACCACCACGGGCAGCCUCGCCACGCCGAUCACCACCACCACCACCACCAACCAGGACACGGAGACGGGCUGCACCGGAGCCGAGACCACGUGCCGGUUCUGCGGCGAGGACCUGAAGACAUACCGGGCGCUGCAGAUCCACCUGCGCACGCACAAUGGCUGCCAGAGGAAGCCCUUCGAGUGCCGGCGCUGCGGCGCCGCUUUCCUGGCCAAACGCAACUGCAUCCACCACCUGCUGAAGCAGCACCCCGAGGUGCAGGAGAGGGAGAUCGAAGACCACAUCGCCACGCUGCUUCCUGCCGGCGCGCCCACCGUGACCGCCGCCCGAGCAGCUCCCACGACGCAGAACGGGUUUGGUCAGCCUUCGAUUACGGCGCUCCACGCCGUGAAGGUGGAGGAGCUGACCAACGCGGUUUACGCCGCCGACUUGGACCAACCGCUGGACUUCUCCGCCAAGGGUCGCACUGCUGGUGCUGGCAGCGCCAGCAGCGCCAGCGGCAGUGGCAGCCUGGCGGGGUCCCCCGGUGUCAAACUGGAGAGCGUCUCCCCCAGCUUCGACUGCUCCGUCCUGGACCAGCCCAUUGACCUGUCCGUCCCCAGCAAGAGGCAGCGGAGGGGGGAGGAGCGGGAGACGAGGGACAAGAGGGAGAUCAAGGUGGAGCCGAGCGGCAUCAGCAUCGUGGAGCAGCAGGCUCUCGCUCUGUCCAAGGAGGAGAAGGCGGCGAGCAUCCUGCCUCCUCUGCACCCCCACCCACAGCUGGGCUGCUACCAGCUGCCCCCUGGAUCCACCCCUCCCCUGGCCUCCCUCCCCAACUCCGCGCGAGCCCAGCGCCUCAAACCCUUGCUCCCCAAACCGCCCUCCUCCUCCGCCCUCAAGGAGCUCCCCCCUCUGGCCUCCAUCGCUCAGAUCAUCCACUCCGUCUCCGGAGCGCCGGACCUGCUGAAGAGAGAGGAGGUGAAACCCGUCGCUCCAUCUCUGGUCGACUCGGCUGCAGACGUCCCGGGACCCUCGUCUGUCCUGGAGACGCAGAGCGAGGAACCGUCUGAGGGCUCCUCCAGAAAGCGGUCCAGGAAGAAGCAUGCUGCUCUGGCGGUGAAGGAGAAGGCCGUCCUGAGCGGCAGCAUCGACCUGGAGUCCAGCGGCGAGUUCGCCAGCGUGGAGAAGAUGCUCGCCACCACCGACGCCAACAAGUUCAGCACCUACCUGCAGAACGGAGCUGCAGACCUGGGAGGAAAGAGAGACCUAAACCGAGCAGGAGGAGGCGAGGACAAGGAGGGAGGAGCUAGGGAGGAGGUGAAGCCGGCGCCGGUGGGGCCGCAGCCCAAAGGGAAGAAGAACGCCUACUCCAACUCAGUCCAGAAGAUGACCUGCCCCUUCUGCCCACGAGUGUUCCCCUGGGCCAGCUCGCUGCAGAGACACAUGCUGACCCACACCGGUCAGAAACCGUUCCCGUGUCCCAAGUGCGACGCCUUUUUCUCCACCAAAUCCAACUGUGAGCGCCACCUGCUGAGGAAACACGGCGUGACGCACCGAACGCUGCGGCGCAACGGCACCCUCGGCAAGAAGGACGGAGACGAAGGAUCGCACGAGAGCGCAGGUCAGAAACGCCAAAGUCUACCAUUUAAAAUGAAAAGAGACGGAAGUUUAAUUAAGAUUCAAAGUGACAGAUCCAGAAGUUUUAGUUCAUUUUAAUUUAUUUACUCUUCAUUUUAUCAUUUUUAAUCACUUUUCUCUAACACGUAUAAAAUGUGCUUCAUAAAUAGUUUUAUUUAUUUCAUUAUUAUCAGUCAAAAACCUGUCACGUUAUUUUAAUAAUUAA